UGCGAUAGUGAUCAGUAACUAAAUGCUUAAGCUUACAAAUAGUUUAAAUAUAAAUAUAAAAAGAGAGAGAUUUAGGUCUGCCACUUUGUUUGGUUUUCGUUUUGCCACCAUAGAAGGGCUAGACAGACUCCCUUUUGAUUCUGACUGAUUGGCUUCUGGGAUUUGAUCAAUUAGCAAUCACCAUGAAUAAGCUUCUAGCUUGUGGAAAACUGGCCUCCAGAGCUCCUCAUAGGGUUUUAAGCUUGUUCGGCUCUUUCAAUAUCUCAAGAUCAGUUCAUUCUAUACCCUUUGCAACCUUAGAAGUUGAAGAGAUUUCAGGUUCCCAACCCGCUGAAGUACACAACUUAGUGCAGGGUAAGUGGACAGGUUCUCCAACUUGGAAUACAAUUGUGGAUCCUUUAAAUGGGGAACCUUUUAUUAAAGUUGCUGAGAUUGAUGAAAAAGGAAUUCAGCCAUUUGUUGAGAGCUUGUCUAGGUGUCCGAAACAUGGGCUACACAACCCCUUCAAAGAUCCAGAAAGGUAUCUUAUGUAUGGAGAUAUAUCUGCAAAGGCAGCUCACAUGCUUUCUUUGCCAAAGGUUUCUGAUUUCUUCACAAGGUUAAUACAAAGGGUUUCUCCUAAGAGUUACCAGCAAGCUUUUGGGGAAGUUUAUGUGACCCAAAAAUUUCUAGAAAAUUUCUCUGGUGAUCAGGUUCGUUUUCUUGCAAAAUCUUUUGGGGUGCCUGGGAAUCACCUUGGACAGCAGAGUCAUGGAUUUCGUUGGCCUUACGGUCCUGUUGCCCUUAUUACUCCCUUCAAUUUUCCACUAGAAAUACCUGUACUUCAGCUGAUGGGUUCACUUUAUAUGGGCAACAAGCCCCUUCUCAAAGUUGAUAGCAAGGUGAGCAUUGUUAUGGACCAAAUGAUGAGGCUUCUGCAUUACUGUGGAUUACCGGAGGGAGAUGUGGACUUCAUAAAUUCUGAUGGAAAGACAAUGAACAAGCUGUUGUUGGAGGCUAAUCCACGAAUGACCCUCUUUACUGGUAGCUCAAGAGUGGCAGAUAAAUUGGCUGCUGAUUUGAAGGGUCGUAUUAAGUUAGAAGAUGCAGGAUUUGACUGGAAAAUCUUGGGUCCUGAUGUCCAAGAGGAGGAUUAUGUCGCCUGGGUAUGUGACCAGGAUGCAUACGCCUGCAGUGGUCAGAAGUGCUCUGCACAAUCAAUUCUAUUUAUGCAUGAGAACUGGGCCAAAACUUCACUUAUUACCAAAAUACAAGAUCUUGCUGAGAGAAGGAAGUUAGAAGAUUUAACUGUUGGUCCUGUCCUUACAGUUACAACUGGAGCAAUUCUGGAACACAUUAAUCAAUUGCUUCAGAUACCAGGUUCAAAAUUACUCUUUGGGGGUGAACCUUUAGAGAAUCAUUCCAUUCCCCAAAUAUAUGGUGCUAUUAAACCAACAGCUGUCUAUGUUCCUCUUGAAGAAAUUGUGAAGGACAAAAAUUAUGACCUUGUAACCAAAGAAAUAUUUGGACCAUUCCAGAUAAUUACUGACUAUGAGAAAGAACAACUCCCACUGGUAUUGGACAUUCUUGAGAAGAUGCAUGCACACUUGACGGCUGCUGUUGUUUCAAAUGAUUCUCACUUUCUGCAGGAGGUUAUUGGUAAAACAGUAAAUGGCACUACUUAUGCUGGACUAAGAGCUAGAACAACUGGAGCUCCUCAGAAUCACUGGUUUGGACCAGCUGGAGACCCUAGGGGUGCAGGGAUCGGGACCCCGGAAGCAAUAAAGCUUGUGUGGUCUUGUCACAGAGAAAUCAUCUAUGAUUUAGGUCCCCUGCCUAAGCAUUGGGAAAUUCCACCUUCCACGUAGAAUUUAGAAUAGUCAUGUUGACCAGAAACUGAGAGCUUAAAGAAAAACCAGUUCGAACUAGCAUAUUACUUGGUGCUUUUAUACAUUAGCAGUGAGAUGAGUGCUAUUCACCUUGAUGCCAUUUUCUUGAGAUUAUAAUAAAAUCGGCGUCUUCUUCUUCUUCGCAA